AUGUUCAGCUGGAUCUCCGCCUGCACACCGACAGCUUGUGUGUCUCUGCCGCCUGAAACUGCUGAUACUUCUUUCCAAGAGAGGACUCAGAUGGCGACGAGACUCUUGGCUGUUUUGACUCUAUGCUGGAUAAAUGGCGCGAAUGCAGCGCUUCACUCUCUCACCUUGAUUCACACUGGAUCAUCUGAAAUUCCAAACUUACCAGAGUAUGUGGAGGUUGGUUUGGUGGACGAUGUUCCGUUCCAUCACUAUGACAGCGACCGCAAGAGAGUAGAACCCAGACAGGACUGGAUGAUGCAACUCAUAGCUGAUGAUCCAGAAUAUUUGGAGAGAAACACGCAGAUUAGUUUAGGUAACCAGGAGGCCGCCAAGGUCAGCAUGAGAGUUCUUAAUGAAAUAUUCAACCAUACUGGAGGUGUCCACACUUAUCAGUGGAUGUAUGGUUGUGAGUGGGAUAAUGAGACUGGAAAGCUCUGGAGAGGUUAUGACCAGUACGGUUACGAUGGAGAAGACUUUAUAUCGUUCAACCUGGAGACUCUGACGUGGGACGCUGCAUGUCCACAGGCUGUCAGCACCAAACAAGCAUGGGACAAAAAUGAAGGUUAUAACAAAUAUCUACAGAACUACCUGACCCAGCUGUGUCCUGUGUACCUGAAGACAUUUCUGCACUACGGGAACAGCUCCCUCCUGAGAACAGAGCUUCCCUCAGUGUCUCUCCUCCAGAAGACUCCCUCCUCUCCCAUCGUCUGCCACGCUACAGGCUUCUACCCUCCAACAGCCAUGAUGUUCUGGACCAAAGACGGAGAGGAGCUUCAUGAAGACGUUGAAAUCGGAGAGGUCCUCCCCAACCCUAAUGGAACCUUGCAGAUGAUGGCUGAGCUGAAGCUGUCAGACCCGUCCGAAGCCUGGGAGAGGUACACCUGUGUGUUCCAGAUCGGCGACGUUAACCGAACCACCAAGCUGGAGAAGGAGGCCAUUUUAACCAACUGGGAGCCGGACCGGACCGUCCCCAAUGCUGUCUUGGUGUCUGUUCUGGUUGUCGUCGCUGUCGCUGUUGCUGCUGCUGCUGCUGCUGUUGCAGUGGUCAAGUGCAGAAGAGGAGGCUCAAGUCCAGAACCCUGUGUGCCACUCCUCUUUGGUCUGCUUAGAUCAGUGGGAGACCCCCCUGAAGAUUCAGCCCACGGUGAGAGUCCCAUUCUUAGGAUCCAGAGGAGAGACGCUGCUGUGACUCUCCUGUGAGCCAGUGUGACGAUGAGUGCAGGCAGGGUGGAGUACCUGGAGGAGUGUCAGAGUGAGAGCUAGAGACAGUCAUGGGGUCUGGUAGGAGGAGUCAAAGUCAGAAACUAUGAUGGGAUAUAUGAGGAGAAGAAGAGUGAGGAUGGAGUCUUGGCUUUUUCUCUGAAGGUAUCACUCCUGCUUCCUGAAGAUGAUUGAGCUGAGGGCCGAGAGGACACCUGUGAGUCAGAUACCGAGUUGUUCACGAGUCAGAGUCACCAACAAGAUGACUCCCUGUGUUCUUGUUGUCUGGAGUCUGGUGUGACACUGUGAUGAGCAGCAGAGCUGCAUCACAUCAACACUCGGUUCCUCCUCUUCAACAUUCAGUGGCACGAGCUCAUGAGCGCCACCCUGUGGUUCUGACCCAGUGCUAACACUUCUGAUCAGGAACCAUCAUUGUGGUGCAGCGAGCGGAAAUGGUUGUUUUUAUUCUGAGCAGAGUCAGUAUCAAGAGAGUUGCAGCAGUGAUGACUGUCAGAUUCUAAACCUCCAAACAUGUCAUGUGACAGGAGGAGCAGACAAGAGCCAUGUGAUGGAGAAGCAGGUGAGGUGAUGUUGCGCCCCCUGGAGGACACAGGAGGUCGAACACUUUAAAUGACUGAUUCUGCUUGAACUCCUCAUUAUUUUGAAGUGAUCUGAUCUGGAUGACUAAGAUGAAACUGUUUCCCGUGAAGUGGUUUUGUGGAGCUAGUGGUUGCUGUGGAGAGAGCUAUUAUGGGAUGGAUUAGAGCAGUGGUUCUUAACCUGGGUUCGAUCGAACGGUGAGUCGGUCUCAGGGGUUCGGUGGAGCCUCCGCUGCAGAGGUCC